AUGAUAAUAACUCCAAAGACGGACGAAAGAAAAACGGAACGAUACAUAGAUAGAGAAGAAGAAUACAAGGACUUCCAUAGCCACAUUAGAGACGUUUACACCUUGUCUUUAUAUUUUCCAAUAAAGGCGCCUACAUUUAGAUAUCCAGACCAGGUUAAGCAAAUAAUUGGCCGUAUAAAUCAGACGAUGCAAGCUAAAUGCCCCAGACCAAUAGGCUUUUUGCUUCAAACUGGUGAGGAAAAAACAGUGGAAACCACUGAACCUGUAAAUUUGGCCAUAUUUUGUACCACAAUAAACCCGUUUGAGCCGAAACAUUUGUUUAAUUAG